GUUGUCCCCCUUCCUUUCCUCCCCACCUUGUGCAUUCACGUAGACCAAACCAUAGAAACCAAAGAACCAACCAUUCGCAAAAGGCAAAUCGAUCUCCUCCGCUUUCCUCGUCUCUCUCUCUCUCUCUCUCUCUCUCUCUCUCCCUCUAAGAAAUCAAGCACAACGUCUAUGGUUUCAGUGAAAUCAUGGUGAUCUUUUCAGUGUUAACAUUGUGCUCGUAGGUGAUCCCGUCGUCGUUAGAUGGGCAACACCUGCCGUGGCGGAUCGUUAGUAGGAAGCAGGUACUUUCCCAGCUACAGCGGGCCUACCGACCGGUCCUCCUCUUGCUCGUCCUCCGACGGCACCCCUCGCUACCACCUGUCCUUCUCCCACCUCGACCCGGACGAGCCCCCGCAGCCGGCAGCAAAGCCCGAUCGUGACGGCGCCAUGCGGCGCAGCGGCGAAGGCAGCGCCACCUGGGUCCUCGGCCACAGGACCGCCAACCUCCGCGACCUCUAUACCCUCGGCCGCAAGUUGGGGCAGGGCCAGUUCGGCACUACGUACCUGUGCACCGAGGUGGCCACGGGGAGGGAGUACGCCUGCAAGUCCAUCUCCAAGCGAAAGCUGAUCGCCAAGGAGGACGUGGAGGACGUGAGGCGGGAGAUCCAGAUCAUGCACCACCUGUCGGGGCACAAGAACGUGGUCACCAUCAAGGGCGCGUACGAGGACCCACUGUACGUGCACAUCGUGAUGGAGCUGUGCGAGGGCGGGGAGCUCUUCGACCGCAUCAUACAGCGGGGGCACUACAGCGAGCGCAAGGCCGCCGAGCUGACCAGGAUCAUCGUCGGGGUCGUCGAGGCGUGCCACUCGCUGGGGGUUAUGCACAGGGACCUCAAGCCAGAGAACUUCUUGCUGGCUAAUAGGGACGACGACUCCUCGCUCAAGGCCAUAGACUUUGGGCUCUCCGUCUUCUUCAAGCCCGGCCAGAUCUUUACAGACGUUGUUGGCAGUCCAUAUUAUGUAGCUCCUGAGGUACUAUGUAAGCACUACGGACCAGAAGCUGAUGUCUGGACAGCUGGGGUGAUACUAUACAUAUUGUUGAGUGGGGUGCCACCCUUUUGGGCAGGUAUAGUUCUUAUUUGUGCUUUUACAAAAUUUUGUGAAUUCCUAGGACUGAAUUGUGCCUGUUUUUCAGAAACACAACAAGGAAUAUUUGAUGCAGUUUUGAAGGGAGUCAUUGACUUUGACUCAGAACCAUGGCCAAUGAUCUCUGAUAGCGCAAAGGACCUCAUAAGAAAAAUGCUCUGCUCUCGACCUUCAGAUCGCCUAACAGCUCACGAAGUACUUUGUCACCCGUGGAUAUGUGAAAAUGGUGUUGCUCCAGACCAAGCACUGGAUCCAGCUGUACUCUCUCGGCUUAAACAAUUCUCGGCAAUGAAUAAGUUGAAGAAGAUGGCUUUAAGAGUAAUAGCUGAGAGCCUUUCAGAGGAGGAGAUUGCUGGACUUAAAGAAAUGUUCCAAGCAAUGGAUACCGACAGCAGUGGUGCAAUCACGUUUGAUGAGCUAAAAGAGGGUCUCAGACGAUACGGUUCAAAUUUGAAGGAAUCUGAAAUCCGUUCCCUCAUGGAUGCUGCUGAUGUGGACAACAGUGGCACCAUUGAUUACGGGGAAUUUGUAGCCGCAACAAUACAUCUAAACAAACUAGAGCGUGAAGAGCAUUUAGUGGCAGCAUUUUCUUACUUUGACAAGGAUGGAAGUGGUUACAUUACAGUCGACGAACUUCAGCAAGCUUGUAAGGACCACAAUAUGACUGAUGUUCAGAUUGAUGAUAUUAUUAGAGAAGUUGAUCAGGAUAAUGAUGGUCGUAUCGACUAUGGUGAGUUUGUUGCUAUGAUGCAAAAGGGUAACAUGGGGCACGGAAGAAUAACCAUGCAGAGAAUGCGGAAUAGUUUGAAUAUUAGCAUGAAAGAUGCACCAGGAGCUCACUGAUUUCAAACCGCAUGCAUUACAGGUUCUGUAAAUUUGAACUUCUUUUUUUGUACUACGAAAUGAACGUGAAAAAAAGACAACAAAGAAGUUUGUGGUAUUCAUUUACUGCUGUAAAUCGAGUGAAAAUGAGAGAUGAGCAACACUAAACUUGAAUGUUCAGAGGUAAUCAUCAAA